AUGUUCUUCCUUCCACUGCUUGAUGUUCAGGCAGGGAGCCUUCAGAGUAGACAAGCCCUCAAGGAUGCUAGGUCUCCAUCUCCAGCACACAUUGUUUCUAACAAAGUGCCAGUUGUGCAGCACCCACACCAUGUACACCCUCUUACGCCGCUUAUCACGUACAGCAAUGAGCACUUCACACCAGGAAACCCUCCUCCACACUUACCAGCCGACGUAGAUCCCAAAACAGGAAUUCCAAGGCCUCCACAUCCUCCAGAUAUAUCUCCUUAUUAUCCGUUAUCACCGGGCACUGUAGGACAAAUCCCCCAUCCGCUAGGAUGGCAAGGUCAGCCAGUGUACCCAAUCACGACAGGGGGUUUCCGCCACCCUUACCCAACAGCUCUGACCGUCAAUGCUUCCAUGUCAAGGUUUCCUCCACACAUGGUCCCGCCACACCAUAGUUUACAUACAACUGGAAUCCCUCAUCCGGCCAUAGUCACACCAACAGUCAAACAGGAAUCUUCCCAGAGUGAUGUCGGCUCACUCCACAGCUCAAAACAUCAGGACUCCAAAAAAGAAGAAGAGAAAAAGAAGCCACACAUAAAGAAACCUCUUAAUGCAUUUAUGUUGUAUAUGAAGGAAAUGAGAGCAAAAGUUGUAGCAGAAUGCACAUUGAAAGAGAGCGCAGCCAUCAACCAAAUCCUCGGUCGAAGGUGGCACGCGUUAUCCAGAGAAGAACAAGCGAAAUACUAUGAACUAGCAAGAAAGGAACGACAGCUUCAUAUGCAGCUGUACCCGGGCUGGUCCGCACGGGAUAACUAUGGAAAGAAGAAGAAGAGGAAAAGGGAUAAGCAGCCAGGAGAGACCAAUGAACACAGCGAAUGUUUCCUAAAUCCUUGCCUUUCACUUCCUCCGAUUACAGAUGCAAAUACUCCAAAGAAGUGUCGGGCAUUGUUCGGGCUUGACCGACAGAGUUUAUGGUGCAAACCAUGCAGGAGAAAAAAAAAGUGCGUUCGCUACAUACAAGGUGAAGGCAGCUGCGUCAGCCCACCCUCUUCAGAUGGAAGCUUACUAGACUCUCCUCCGAAUUUCUCAGGAGUGGAUGUCACCAUAGUCCCAGUCGUCUUGGAAAAUCUCAGCCAUACUAAUUUCUGCAGUGGCACUCGGGGGCGAUCGUCCAAUGCAAAGGUCUCGGAGCAGGCUUGUUCCCUGCCGCCGUGCCGGUGUAUUGCUCAGGUAACGCACUUCUCUGCGGCCGGUCCCGAUGGGCUCUGCGGGGAGGGAGUCCCAGCGAAGGACCCCAUCGGACCAGGUAUGCUGGAAACACGAUUUGACAGCGGCAGUGAAACUCUUGGAGAUGAUGAAGUCCCUGUGAGUUCCAGGGAAAUCUCUGCCGGCACUGAGAAGAGAGGCUUUCCAGACCCGCUGCUGAAGAAAAGGCAGGGCGAGCUCAGCUGUUACCCAUUCUCUCUGGCAGCAUCCAGAUGGCCAAUUAUCGCACGUCUACUUCUGGACCAGCAUCUGUGCUCUCCUGCCCAGCUGGCAGGCCAAGAAGAUUACGUAGGAGACGUGGAGAGUGUUGGGGUGUUGGAGGGAAUGAGGGACACAGGAGAGAGUUAA